GGGAAGUUUAGCGUGCAGUGGUAGGAGUACUAACAGUACUAGCACCCGGAGCAGUUACUAUUAGCACACUGGCAUCUGGCAUCACCUCAACUGCGCCCUGGCAUGUGGCUUUCUUUCAUCGUGCUCACCUACAGUACACUGGCAGUGUCUAUCACUUUCAGAACAGUCUGCUCUUGCGCACCACUGUAUCCGAUUACAACGCCAUUCUGCCUUAGCACUAUCUCUAACUUGAACUCAUUCAACAGCUCGACGCUGAACCCUCCUCACCUCCGAUGCCAACGCCUCGAUGAUCCGCAGUGUCAGCCUUCGGCGCAUCGGCCUGGAUGCCCGUCCUGAAUCCCUUUCUACGCGCGCUCUUUCAGAGUAGCGUGUUAGGAACCGCCCUCUCGGCCCAGAACUAUGUCCUGCUCGUUCCAACAACCGAGUCGCUUCUGUAUGGCCAAGAUCGAGACACUCACAAGCGGUUCGUCGAUCAAGUUGAAGACGAGGAGUUCCUGGGUAGCCACAUCCUCCGGGUAGGCCCCAAUGUGACGACAAAAGAUGUCAAUGUUCGGGAAAGUAGGGGCAAGGCGAAGACCUAUUCCACUGUGAAUGGGAGAUCGGUCAUUCUCAAAGAGAAUGUCGUCUACACUAAUAAAGGGUUCAAGCAGUUGACCCAGUCCACACUUUUGGCCGAUCUCCUGUACUAUUCGCCCGGCAAUGACAUGCAACAAUGGCUUGUGUACUACAUCACAAAGCCGCUUACCGGUGCGUUCGAGCCGCUGCCUAUCAAGCCGGCGGUAAUAGGAGAGACCAAGCUGCUUCCAUCUGUACCUGCGGCGUCAUCCUCGGAGCCUCCCACGCCGCCGAAGAAGGACAUCAAGACGUUCGGGGAGCUUUUAAACAGCUUCCCGAUGAUCGCGCGUCAGAUGCAGCCGGGCUUGGAGAGGUUGUUCAAUGAGUUCGGGAAAGAACUGGGCAGACCUCUGCCUCCACCCCCUUCUCGCAGUCCCACGAUAGGCUCAAUGGACGGAACCACUCAGGUGUCGGAAACAGACUCGGUCAAAUCGAAUGGCUCCCUAAAGUUACCGUUCAACUCGGCAGCGUAUUUCGAGGAUGAAGAGGAUCUCAUGAGGAGAGCACUUGAGACGGCUGUUACUGCGGCGAUCGACCUGUUUCAGGGGGUAGACAAACAACAACUGUCCUACCUCGGAGCCACGACCGAUCUGACGGGUCCAGAGGUGGAGAGGCUGAUUGAGCGGUACGUUGCCGAGUACGUUCAUGAAUCUCUAUUGUUCCCGCGCCUAUGCGCUUUUUAUAAAGCGCAAGACCAGGAGCUAGACCGCCGAAUACGACAGAUGGACUGUCUGGAUGUCUCCCAAGUUGGCAUCUCUAUCGAGGAUGGCCGGAAUGGCAAGCGGGAGCUGAUGAGUCGCAUCUCUCGCGGCGUGGCCGCCUUUCGCAAAAUGGGCGUCGCUGCCAGCCCGCAAGAAAUGUUGGAUAUCCUUCUUGAAACCCAGAAAAUCGUCUCUGAGCCUCAAGGCAUAUCGGACGAGGAGAAGCGAGCGGUGGCCAUGACCAUCAAUGCCGAUAUCUUGGUCUCAUUAAUACUCCUUGUCGUCAUACGGUCCUCGGUGAGACACCUUCAGGCAAGGCUUUCUUACAUGCAACGGUUCAUCUAUAUCGAUGAUGUUGAAAGUGGCGAGAUCGGAUAUGCUUUAAGCACCCUUGAGGCGGUGUUGACAUAUCUGGCUAGAGAUGCUGCCGGGCUUCGAAAAGCCUCGAAACAGAAUCAAAUGCUCUGGAACGCUGUCAAAGCGGGCAAGAUCGAUGACGUCCGGUCGAUAUUUGAAGAGUCUGCUGUUAUCACUGAUGAGCUGGUUGAGGAGCCUGCCGAGAUACCUUUGUCGAGGAUCACAACCGCCUCGAGUCACACGUCCGAAUCACGUCCCAUUGCCUCGCUUUCCCGAGCUUCGUCCAGCGACGGGGGCUUGUCACACGUCUUUCCGUUUCAAGCGGCACAAAAGAAGUCUGCGAUUCCCAAGCAGAAGAAAAAAGUGCAAAUGGCCGCGCGGAGCAUGUCAAUUUCUUCGUCAUUUUCAAUGGCGUCUAGAGCAGCUACAAUCGAAACCACACUUAGUGGGCUUGAAGGUGACACCUCUGUGCAAAGCCUGGCCCAAACACAAGACACCAUGGGGAAUUCGGUGCUCAUGAUGGCUGUUGAAAGCCAACAGCCACAAUCUCUGCGGUACCUCCUCAGUCUCUCGGAGCAUUAUUCUCCCAAUGAAGUGCUUUCAGACAUGACGGAAGAUGGAACUACCCUACUAAGUGCUGCUGUACAACUGGCCAACACCGAGCUAGUUGAUAUUCUUCUUGACUAUGCGGAGCAAAAUACGGAUGAAGCCAGGUUCAGAAGCUAUCUGGCCAUGACGGAUUCUCGUGGUCGCAGUGUGGCACAUUAUAUAUUCAACACGCCGCAGCUGAUUAAGAAACUUGCCAACGUGCUUCCUUGGAGACAAAAGGACAAGAUAGGGCACACACCUUUGUUCGCCAUCUGUCGAACAUACGACCAUGCCGACUAUAGCACCAUGGUCUCGGACGCACUCGUGGCCGCAAAACAAGCUCAACGUGAUGGUGGGCCACUACGCAUAGAAGAUCACACCGACCACAAAGGCAAUUCGCUGCUUCAUAUCGUCAAUGAUGCUGGCAUCAUGCAGCGAAUUCUACAGUAUUGCGACGUAGACCUGAAUGCCAUGAACGACAGGAAGUUCACGCCGUUGAUGCUUGCGAGUAAGUACGGUCGGGUGGAUAUGGUUCGAAUCCUCCUGGGCGAUCCGAGAAUAGACCUGCAUCUAAGGGAGGCCAGGGGCUUGACCGCAGUCGAACUGGCCAAAGACGAUGAAGUUCGCAAUCGAAUCGACGACUUGACAUUGUUUGCGCCGUCCAACAGUCCCGAUCUGGCGGGGCGCAUCACCUCGAUUGUCCGAUCCUUCUUUGUCGAGGAUGGUUCGUCAAGGUAUAUUCUGAAAUCCGGAGCCCCGAACCCGGCGGUGUCGAGCACAACCUACACGAUCACGACCAGUCGACGAGCACUGCAAGAUUUCGAGAACCUGGCCAAAUGGCUCAAGAUGGAUUCUCCGGCAUCGUACAUGCCGACGAUUGCGGCCUCGAAUUUCCGGGGUCCGUUCCAACUUCAUUCCAGACCGUCCCGGGCAGUGUUGUACGAUGCCCAAACGCAUCUUGAUCGGUUCCUCAAGAUCCUGAUGAACCACCCGACCUUUUCGACGCACGAAAUGCUCUGGGAGUUUUUCUUGGUGCCAGACAUGCUGCAAGAACAGAUGGCGGAACGGGCCAAGCUCAAGGCGGAAUUAGUCCAAGAAAAGAUCAUGGACGAAUACGAGCCAUUGACAUCUAGAGUGGAUAUGAACGCGGUUGACACGUUUGUUUCUCACUCGCGAGAAAUGGUCCGGAGACUUAAUAUCAGUACACGAUCCGUAAUGAGAAAGGGCCAUCUCUAUGUUCAAGCGCAUGCCGACCUGGCAGAAGCGUUGAGCCUGUGUGCCGCGGCAUUUGCGACCUUGGGCCCCCCAGCCACGACGCUGCCCAAGAGACACGUGGAUGCGUUUGCUAAAGUCUCCUCGUUAAUGCACACUGAGCCGGCGUCGUCUCCUCUGGCCAAUUUCGCCUCGUCCUUUGGAUCGCUACACUCGACCAUUGCGGCCGUGCAGUCGGCCUUACUCAAGCCCAGCUCGCUCAUCAGCCAAAUCAACUCGACCAACCACUCACUCGAGAAGAACCGGUCCUUGCUUGCCAACAACUCGCUGCCGCGCAAGGGUCUCAUCAUGAACAUGAACAUCAAUUUCCCGGGCACCGAAGAAAGUCGCCUCAAGGCCAACAAGGAAACUGAGAAAAAGAUUGCCCAGGCAGAGCAAGAAGUGCAGCGCCUGGGUAAAGAGCUCCGAUAUACCCAGGAAGUCGUGGUUGGUGAAUUGGCGGGCUGGACCACCUGGCGCGAAACUUGGGGUCGAGAAGAAAUCAAACGUCUGGCCAGGAAUGUCGUGGUUAAGGAGAAAGAGCGGCUGAAGUGCAUGCAGAGGGCGCUGAGGGCCCUCAAGGAGCCUUCGACUUCCAGAUACAACUAAUAGAGAGAAGAAGAGAGAGCGGUACCAGGGUACCGAUGUCCUGUACCAGAAUUAAUAUUCUUGUUCUUGCCCUUUCUGCUGGUCGAAAAAGCUACGGUAUGGACUCUGCUGUUUGUUCAAACGUUUGAGCUUGGGCUGUUGAUUGUUGGGUCAUGGGAGAUAUCCUACUGUAGGUAGCGAAUAGAGGGAGGGCGUCUGGCCUGUACCUAAUGGAAUAAUUCACGUUGAGCCAG